AUGGAAAAGACUGAUUUCCUCCCAGCAGAAGAUGGAUUCAUGCUUCUUUUGAAGCUGUUAGGAAGUGGAGGUGUCAAUUCGACAUCUUCCUCAUCCGCUAGUGUUGUUGGACCAAAGGUGGUGGACGACAAAUCUAAAAACAAGCAGGAAGCGUUCUUUUUUUCGAAAGUCGAGCUUGGGCAUUUGCUCUCUGAUGGCUACCUACGUUGGAGACAGGCGCAAAGAAGACACAGCGAGUGGGACUUACGUCGACGAAAGUUGCGCACUGGCCCCUACGGCGUCUCCCCAAUUUGUAGCUAUUUCGAAGUGCUCUCAGGAGAAAAAGAAGCUGCGUUGCCCAUGCCCUUGAUGCCUUUGAACAAGGAGGUUUCGAGAAAAGAGGAGGAGCCAUGUUCAACCAGAGCAGCGCCAACACCAAGCAUGUGGAAGUUUUUGCUGUUGCAAAUGAUGCGUGAGUCGUAUCUUGACACGAUCGAGGGCCUCGACGCUGCCCGAAAAAUUCUAGAAGCGGACUUCACGCAGGCUGUUGAAGACGCUGAAAAGGAAGACCAAGUACAAGAAACUACAGUUGCAGCCGCUGCAACAUCAGAAAAUGCAAUUGGCAAUGUACUAAAAGAAGCACAGGAUGAUGAACUACUAGGAACAGAUGCACAUCAAAAUGAGCAGAUGGACGGUGACACAGCCCAACACCAAGUGACGACUAUCAUGAACGCUUCAAUCGAGCUGAUGAGCGAUCGUCAGAAGGGGAAGAUCUUGCGAGGAAAGGCUGCCGAGGAGGAAGCUUUUCGCAAGGUUCAGGAGCACGCAAGGGAGCUAGCAGAAACAGCGGAAUCAGAAGCAAGACGCAGCUCCUCGAGGAAAGGCCCGAUGAAGAGCUUCGCUCCGCAUGAUGGUCAUCAAGUUGAACAAGUUAAAGUAGGAUCAUCUGCUGUAACCACGACUUCCUAUUCAGUAGCACCUCCACCA